AUGUCUAGUCAACAGCAAAUAGAUCCGAAGAAGCAGCAAGAGCUCCAGCUUCAAUACACCAACUUCAAGAACACGCUACAACAAUUAGCGUCAAAGAUUGGGGAUAUCGAGCAGGAAGCUGAGGAACAUAAGCUUGUCAUUGAGACGCUAAACCCUCUCCCGUCCGACCGCAAGUGCUUCCGCAUGGUCAAUGGUGUCCUCGUCGAGCGUACUGUCCAGGACGUCCUGCCAGCACUGAAGACCAACUCCGAUGGCUUGAAGCAGGUGCUGGACGACAUGCUAAAGCAAUAUAAGAACAAACAGAACGAGUUGGACAACUGGAAGAAUAAUGUGCUAACGGCUGCCUUUUUCAUCGAACAGAAAAAGAACAACAUUCAGGUUGUACAGCCUUAG